AUGGCAGCAACUUCCCAAACAAUGUCAACCCCAAACCCAAUUCUCCUUCUCAGGUCAUAUUCCGGUGCUGGCGGUCACCGGAUUCCGGGCAUCGACUGCCUAAGCUGGCGUUUGGCUGUAGAAACCAACAAUCUCCGUCAAUGGAAAUUGGUCCCAGAAGAAUGUGAAAACUAUGUUGGUCACUACAUGCUCGGCAAACAGUACCGGGACGAUUGCGAUAAAAUGGCAGAGAUUGCUCUGGAGUACGCCGAGAGCGUCGGGCUCGUUGGAGAUGGCAAGGACGUUUGGGUUACUAUGCUCGGUCUGAUGUUGGAUUCGGUGGUUGCUGAUGGCGAUGACGAUGGCUUCGGAACAUAUAUUCGGUGCUCAUCAUCACGUGAUACCGUCAAGUGGGCAAUAGCAUUUAAUGACACAAAGUUCGACGAGUGGCUAGCUGAAGGAAUAGCACCAGCAAUACCAGCGGUUCAUAAAUUUUACGAGAAAUUAUUGUCUUUAGGGUUUAAGAUUGUCUUCCUCUCCGGAUCAGCAGAGAGAANCAAUUGCACCAGCAAUACCAGCGGUUCAUAA